CCUCAGUCCCGGAGCGCGGCGGGGAAGAAGGAAGCGGCGGCGGGGAGGCGGCCCGGCCGGGCCCUGAGCUGCCGUGGCGGCGGCUCUCGGUCAUCCAGCAUGCUCUGCCCACCCCACACCGAGGGGCACUGACCAUGAGUCUCAACUCCUCCCUCAGCCACAGGAAGGAGCUGAGCAACUUCACAGCGGAGGAGGGUGGUGAAGGAAGCAUCAUUAUCACCGAGUUCAUCGCCAUCAUCAUCAUCACCGUGUUUGUCUGCCUGGGCAACCUGGUCAUCGUGGUCACCUUGUACAAGAAGUCCUACCUCCUCACCCUCAGCAACAAGUUUGUCUUCAGCCUGACCCUGUCCAACUUCCUGCUGUCUGUGUUGGUGCUGCCAUUUGUGGUGACCAGCUCCAUCCGGAGGGAAUGGAUCUUUGGAGUGGUCUGGUGCAACUUUUCAGCACUCCUCUACCUGCUGAUCAGCUCGGCCAGCAUGCUCACCCUUGGGGUCAUUGCCAUCGAUCGCUACUACGCCGUCUUGUACCCAAUGGUGUACCCCAUGAAGAUCACGGGGAACCGGGCUGUGAUGGCGCUUGUCUACAUCUGGCUCCACUCCCUCAUUGGCUGCCUGCCACCCCUAUUUGGUUGGUCCUCGGUGGAGUUUGAUGAAUUCAAGUGGAUGUGUGUGGCAGCCUGGCACCGGGAGCCUGGCUACACAGCCUUCUGGCAGAUCUGGUGUGCCCUGUUCCCCUUUCUGGUCAUGCUGGUGUGCUAUGGCUUCAUCUUUCGCGUGGCCAGGGUCAAGGCACGCAAGGUGCACUGUGGCACUGUGGUCAUGGUGGAGGAGGACGCCCAGAGGACCGGGAGGAAGAACUCCAGCACCUCCACAUCCUCUUCCGGCAGUAGGAGGAAUGCCUUUCAGGGCGUGGUCUAUUCAGCCAACCAGUGCAAAGCGCUCAUCACCAUCCUGGUGGUCAUUGGCGCCUUCAUGGUCACCUGGGGCCCCUAUAUGGUUGUCAUCACCUCUGAGGCACUCUGGGGGAAGAACUAUGUUUCCCCCACCCUGGAGACCUGGGCUACAUGGCUGUCCUUCACCAGUGCCAUCUGCCACCCUCUCAUCUAUGGCCUCUGGAACAAGACAGUUCGCAAGGAACUCCUGGGCAUGUGCUUUGGAGACCGGUAUUACCGGGAACCGUUUGUGCAGCGGCAGAGGACUUCCAGGCUCUUCAGCAUUUCUAACAGGAUCACAGACUUGGGCCUGUCCCCGCACCUCACGGCACUCAUGGCAGGUGGACAGCCCCUGGGGCACAGUAGCAGCACCGGUGACACUGGCUUCAGCUGUUCCCAGGACUCAGGGACAGAUAUGAUGCUGCUGGAAGACUACACAUCUGAAGACAACCCACCCUCCCACUGCACUUGUCCGCCCAAGAGGAGGAGCUCUGUGACAUUUGAGGAUGAAGUGGAACAGAUCAAAGAGGCUGCCAGGAACUCUAUUCUUCAUGUGAAAGCUGAAGUACACAAGUCCUUGGACAGUUAUGCAGCCAGCUUGGCCAAAGCCAUUGAGGCUGAAGCCAAGAUCAACUUAUUUGGGGAGGAGGCAUUGCCAGGGGUCUUGUUCACAGCACGAAACGUCCCCGGGGCUGGCUUUGGGGGCCGCCGAGGCAGCAGAACUCUUGCGAGCCAGAGGCUGCAGCUGCAGAGCAUCGAAGAAGGGAACAUUCUAGCUGCAGAGGAGAGAUAAGGGCCUCAGGGGCGGACCAGGGCUGAAGCUGGAUGGCCUGUGGAGGGAUUCCCACUUCUGCUUGUGCUGGGGUCUUGGAACACAUCACUACCCACAGAGGGCCAAACAUCCAGUGUGCAGUCACAGGAGGACCGCAGUGCCUGGUGGGAGAUCCUUGGGCCGUGUCUGAAUCCUAGGGUUGGAACCAGAGGCAUCUGAAGCACAUAGGAAAAGCAGAUGGCAGUGUGCUUGUGAUGUUUGGAGAGUUGCAUUGUACAAGAGGCCUAGAGACCAGGGGUUUGGAAGGAAAACAGACAGAUCAUUUCCUCUUCUUCUCAACCUUAUAUCCUGCGAGACCAGCCAUGCACCAUCACCUGAGGCAAACCCUCCUUGCUGCGCCUCACGGGACAGCAUGACACUUGAUGCUGCAAGGUCAUUCCUGGGACUCAUGGUUAACACGAGCAGUGUGAGGCCAUCCACACUGGACAAAAUAGUCCACAGAGAGCACGCAGAAGCAGAGCACCCCAGAGAGACUUUCUGCCCCUCCUGUCCUGGCUACAAUACCCACUGCUGAUGGGCAUCUCAUCACCAGGGUAGCUCACAGGCUUCCCAGGACAGGGCCCACCCUGCCCACCUCCUCAUCCACAGAUUCUUUGCUAUUUCAAAAAAAGGGAGAAACCACUAUCAAAAACAAGAGGGUCAGGGACCAGAAGUUUCAUGAUUGGAAUUUUAAAAAAAUUCCCAGGAUAUAUUAGUCUUACUGUUACUAGAGGGAAUCCUUUACAAAGGCAAGUCUCAGUGGAUAGGUUGUAUGAAGAAGUUUUUUGAGUGACCAGUAAAAAUAGCUAGCCUCAGUUCCACAGGGGAGCUCAGGAGCAAUAGUUCACUAUGACUGUAACCUGAGGGCAGAAGACAGACCUGGUAUGAGCAACCUGAACUCUUGGCUUGGCUCAGCCUUUGUAUGUAUUAUUUGGGACAUCCGGUCACCUCUCCAGGCCAUUUACAAAAUGAGGGAAGAAAGUGUGGAGUUGGACUAAGUGGUCUCUAAGAUCAUUUCUAGCUCGCAUCUUCUUUGAGGUUUUCUGAAUGUGUAAAUUAUCUGGAGAUGGGAAAAAAAGGAGAAGUGGGCCCCUGGAUGAGCAUUUGUUUAUUUUUGAGGGUGUUCCCAGUGGCCUUAUGAAGUGUUGUUAGCCCACCAGGGCCUUGGUCAUGUCCUUGUGCCACGUGACUGCAUCUAGAGCCCAGUCUUGAUUGGAUGUCAGCUACUGAGACUUGAGAUGUGUGAGUGGAGGAAGAGGGUGCCACCCUAGAGUGGGGGAUUUGUACACUGAGGCCUCUCCCCUUCCUUCUCAGAACAGCAGUUGAAGUUUGGGCUUAGAGUAGUUGCUGAGGUAUCUAAGGAAGCCAUUGAAUCUGUUCCCAGGUGGCCCUUCAUCCUGGCUGGUUACAUAGGCAAAAUCCGGGACUCCCGCCUUGGUUAGAAUUCUAAGGAGAAGUGGCUGUCUGCCUUUAGGUGGCUAUUCUAGAAAGUUGAUGACUUGGUAGGGGGUUUCUCUGGGUGCUGGCUGACCCCUAGGGAGGCAGCAUCAUUUUGGUGUGUGUUCCUGUCUGCAUGAGGCCUGGGGUCUGGUGCCAUUGUCAUCCACUUAACACCUAUUGUGUGCCAAGGCCUGCCACGGGUUCCGGAUAGGGCUGGGAGCAGGAGUUUGCCUGUGGCUUCUGGGGCUGCUGUGCAUGUCAGACUGCUCUCAAUGGAGGGAGCAAUCCUAGGUGUGAGGGUGAAUUAUUAUAUAUAUCUAAUGUAUCUUUAUCUUUUGAAGGCACUUGUCCAGGUUCUGAAUGGACUGAAUAUGCACAGAGGUGGAUUGUGGCAGAGGCAGAGACCUUUACUGGUGGGAUGGUCACUGUUUUUUGAGCAUAGCGCAUUGGCAUGGUACAAAAGGGUUGGAGAAUGCCCCAUUCCAUGGGCUAAACUCUGGGGAGAGAAUUCUGAGGCCUCCGAAGCCUCAUUAGCUGAUCCCAGACUAGCUGUGAUAUAACAGCAUUUACACCAACUAAAAAUAUUGCAUUUCCCUGUUUCCCUUUUCUUACUGAGGUCCGUUCAUUUAUUCAUCUACCAGAAGUGGUCUGUCUGCUGUGGGCAGUGCCCCAGGCUAGGCACUAGGGGCAAAUAAAAAUUAACGUGUUUUCAUUCUAACUUAGGGAGAGAUGCCUGAGAGAUACUGACUGUGAAGUCAGGUAGUGGCUAUAGAAAGAACAGUGGCUCCAGAGGAGGUGGGCUUUUACAAUUAGGCAGUCCUGUGGAAUAGGUGACAGUAUGAGCUGAGUCAUGGAGGAUGUGUGGUAGCCAGAACCACAUUUUGCAUAUUUAGGCCUUAACAUUUGUGUAGCUGAGCUCGAGAGAGAUAUGUUGUGGGGUGGGGGGAAUCCCACAUUUCCUGCAGUCCCUGUGGUCUUUGGAGGACAACCUGCCUUUGGUGCAGAGAGCACAGUACCCCCAACUAAACCUAGGUGCAGUGGCAGGCCUGAGACCUCCAGAAGGUCCCAGGGACAGUAGCAGGUGGGACAUUUGGCCAUUCAUGUGCUGAAAUAUUCCUGUCUUGCUUUGUACAGGACUGCUUUUAGGGCUGUUGCCCAUCUCUGCUUCUUUUACAGAGAUUUUGCCAUGACCCUGUUCCUGUGCCAUGCUCCAGAUAGCCGCUAUGGGGGCUGCACUGGGUUCCUCACUACAGAGCACGCAGCUCAGCCUUUUCCCUGGCCAGGCACCAAGACUGGAACUCAGGACCUUACACACUAGGUGGCAGCAGCAUGGCUGUGAAGAGCAAAAAAGGCUUGUUGGCCCUUGGUCAAAAGCUCUUACUUUGAACUGAGCCAUGACCGUACUUCUCAGCCCUGGCAAGUGUAACCUACCUGCCUAGUCUUCUACUGUGUGACCCUCCCCCGUCCAGGUUCGUAGGCACUGCCUGUACUCAGAUGUACUAUCAUAAGCAAAUCACCACUACAGGUGAUUUGCGACAACGGCCAGCUGGUGCUUAUGUUCUUUAUUCUCUUUCACAGAGCUGCUGUGUGCCGAUACAAUGUAGAGGAAACAGUGCCAUCUGAGUAUGGCUGUUCAGAGUUCAAACUCUAUGCUGUUGCUUUGUAGCUGGGUGUUCAGGGGCAAGUUACUUAGUAUUCCUGCAUAGGAAUUCAGGAGGCCUCCUUUGUGGGGUGACUGGAAUAUAGAAAGAAUCUGCGAGCAUACAGCACAGUACCUGGGGUGCAGGUAGAAAUGAGCUUGUGGCUUUUAUUCUCAGCGGAACUGUGAGGGGGUAGAGUCACUACUAUUUUACAAAGAUCUCUGUAGCAAGAAGUGUUAUCCUAGAUUAGAAGUGUUGAGAGUUGUUGCCAUGGAAUUGUCAUUUGCUGAGCAACACAGAAAGAGUUCUGGGAAACAGAAUAUGGUAAGGAAGGGAAGGUAGUAGAAAGGAGAGAGGACAGGCUGGGUAGCAGUGGGAUACAUGAGGUCUGGCCAAGCAUGAAAUGAACCUUCCUGUUAGAAUGUCUUUUCCUCCAUGCUCACACUCAGUGCCCAGCAGUGACAGUGACUGGCUGUGGCUCUUGGGUCACAGAACCACAAAGCCUUCCAGGAGUCUGAGGGCAAAAACAGGAUAAACCCCACUACCUGCAGUGUACAUAUGCAGAGUACCAGAGGAAGCCCGUGGGAGAGAAAGGGGAAAUCAGCCUUCACCUGACACAGAAAUGUGGCUGUAACCAGCCACAAAUGACAACAAGAAGCAGAAUUCUAGUGCUGCCCUUAUGCUUCAAGUAGAGGAGACAUAAAAGCAUCCCAGGAGGACCAAAUGAAGUUGUCAAAGGUCUCAAAGUGAGUUCAGAGGUCAACUCUGGUCUUGCAUAUGGGCCUGAGAGAAGCAAGGAGCCACUUAACAGUUCCAGGAUAAGUCUUUUGUUAGUAGAACAGGCCACGAAGGAAAGUGAUGGCUUUGUUGGAAAGAAAGCAGAGCACAAACUCAAAUCUGUACAAUAUUACAAAGAGCACAAUUUUGGUCUGUUAUUUUUAGAACAUCACACACAAAGCUGUAUUCAUUUCCCUCUGAAAGCAUUUUCCACAGAUGUACUAGCCGCUUAAGCAUUAGUAGCCAUUUCUGUUUUUGACUUUUUGACACCAUUUUGAAACAGCACAAAUUACAGGGUAGUCAGUCCUCCCAGAGGAAAAAGGCAAUCCUGGAGGAUCGCAGGCUGAAGGGCAAGAUCAUGCCGAGCGAGGCAGGUAGCCUGUGUGCCUGCAAGCGGAUCUGCCAAUGAGCGAUGGGGAUGUGAUGGAGAGGCAGAAGUGGCUCAAGCCCACACUUCAAAAGAACAAAACAUAAGCGAACCCUGAAAACAUAUUUAACCGAGUUUUUGGAUGUUUUUCGAAGGUAAAAAGUCUGGAAUUAUUACAAAUCAAUAUUUAUAAAUAUCUAGUGCCAUUUUGUUUACCUGAUUAAAUGUAUUUGGUAUUUGUAUAGUUGUAAAAAUUGUGAAUUUGUACUUGGACUAGUGGUCUGUGGGUGUUUCUGGGCACCUCUCCCUUUUCUGCAGCCACAUUCCUAUCUUCAGUCUAUGAGCUAAUAAAGAUUAAGGGCAGAUUUAUUGCACAA